AUGAGGAACAAGGAUGAGGCAAAAGCUGCGGAGCUUCAAGCUAAAUACCAUUCUAUGCUGAGCCAUGGGGAGACAGUGCAGGAUCUGCAGGCCGCACUGAGCAAAGCAGUGGCGGAGACGAAUUAUUUGAAGGCCCACUGGAUCCAAGAAGAACUUCGCCAGCUGGUGGGUGAAGAGGCCCAAAGUGCGCCAGCUGCCGAAGGGUUCUUCGCCUCUGGUCUUUGGACAGUGCUACGAAGCAGCACAAGCCAAGCACUUUGCGGAGGAGUUGCCGGAGCCAGCGCCAUGGCUCUGCAGAUCACUUCGCUGAUGUGGCUGCGAACGAUCAUGAAUUUUCAGUACCGCUAUGGGAUGACGAUGCGUGAAGCCAUGAACAUCUUGUACUCGCAGGGCGGGCUGCCCCGCUUCUACCGGGGCAUUGGCCCAGCGCUAGUGCAGGGGCCGCUGAUGCGUUUCGUGGACUCCGCGGCCAACGCCGGUGUGCUGGCCUUGUUUGAGGGCACGCACGCGAAGAACUGGCCCGUUUGGAUUCAGACGAUUUUUGCCUCGGGCUCGGCCGCCAGCCUGCGCAUUGUUCUGAUGCCGCUGGAUUCGGUGAAGACGGUCUUGCAGGUGGACGGCAAGCAAGGGCUGGCGCAACUGACAAAGCGGUGGAAAGCAGGAGGUGCGUCUGUGCUCUUCCGCGGCGCGAUGGCCUCUUCUGCAGCCACCUUUGUCAGCCACUACCCGUGGUUCACCGUCUUCAACGUCCUCAACAACCGCCUGCCCCACUAUGACAGCACGGUGCAGCAGCUGCUCCGAAACGCGGGCAUCGGCUUUUGUGCGUCGGUUGUCUCAGACACGGUCUCCAACUCCUUGCGGGUGCUAAAGACUCACAGGCAGACGGGGGAGCGCUCGUAUAUGGGCAUUGCCCAGUCGGUGAUCCGUACGGAUGGCGUCACUGGGCUUUUGAGCCGGGGCUUGGCGACGCGCAUUGUCGCCAAUGGUCUAUCCGGCAUGGUCUUCUCCGUGCUCUACCGUGCAUUUGAGGAGCCGCUGGUCAGGAAAUGA